AUGCAAAGGCACGCAAGUUUGAAACGUAAGAAGAUGGCGGAGAUCUUUAGCCGCCCGUCUUUUAGAAAUGGAUGUCGCUCGCUGACUCGCACGGUGACCUGCUCAGCAAUCAACGGCAUUGCUUUUUUCUGGAGGCCAUUUCUUUGCAGGAAACACCCGAAUAGCACCUCGGGAGCAAGUAUUCGCGUGGUAAAGCGUUUUACCAUUCACUUUGAGCGGUGA